GACUAAUGGCCAGAGCCGAUGGUGGGAGGCGAGAGCAAGAGGGCCGCUGAUUGGUCGGCCGGGGCUGCCUACGUCUAGGCGGGAGCUCCGGGUCGCGGCGGCGGCGGCGGCGGCAGGGGGCCUGUGGAGUGCGGGGUGAGAAGAUGGCGGCGGAGACGGUGGAGCUGCACAAGCUGAAGCUUGCUGAACUAAAGCAAGAGUGUCUUGCUCGUGGAUUGGAAACCAAGGGAAUAAAACAAGAUCUUAUCAAUAGGCUCCAGGCAUAUCUUGAAGAACAUGCUGAAGAGGAAGCAAAUGAUGAAGAUGUAUUGGGAGACGAAACAGAGGAAGAAGAACCGAAGCCCAUAGAGCUGCCUGCCAAAGAGGAAGAAACUCCUGAAAAAACUGUCGAUGUGGCAUCAGAAAAGAAGGUGGUAAAAAUUACAUCUGAAAUGCCACAGACCGAGAGAAUGCAGAAAAGGGCUGAACGAUUCAAUGUGCCCGUGAGCUUGGAGAGUAAGAAAGCUGCUCGGGCAGCUAGAUUUGGCAUUCCUUCAGCUCCAACAAAAGGUCUGUCAUCUGACAACAAGCCUGUGGUCAAUCUGGAUAAGCUGAAGGAAAGAGCACAAAGAUUUGGUUUGAAUGUCUCUGCAAUCUCUAGAAAGUCAGAAGAUGAUGAGAAGUUGAAGAAAAGGAAGGAACGAUUUGGGAUAGUCACAAGUUCAGCUGGAACUGGAGCCACAGAGGACACAGAGGCAAAGAAGAGGAAAAGAGCAGAGCGCUUUGGGAUUGCAUGAUGAAAAGUUGUUGGUGUUUUCUGUUCUCCAGUGGUUUCCACUUCUGAUUCUUCUUGGAGAUAUAUAUAUAUAUAUAUAUAUACGCAUAUAUAUAUAUAUCAAUCACAUACACAUAUACACAUACAUACAUGCAUACAUACAUACAUACAUACAUAUAUAUAUAUAUAUAUAUAUGUAUAUGUGUAUACCCCUAAAUUCAGUUACGUGCUUAUAUCCUGCCUCGCAGUGAGAAAGCAUGUACCUCAGGUUCAUCCGUGAACUCCAGCAGCAGUUUGACUUUACUGAUGUUCUACCUUUAAGGUUGUGUUUUUGUUUUUAAUUAUUUUGGUUGUUAAUAAAAAAAUAGAAAAUAGAA